AUGUGGGAGUCCGUGAUCUGCGCACACAUGUGCCCUAUCAGUCGUAAACUAUUCCCCACCAACGCCUCCGACCCGCGACUGUGGUCCCGCGAAGACGUGGCGACGUUUCUCCGAUGGGCCGAACGAGAAUUCGACCUACCCCAAUUCGACAUGGACAUGUUCCAAAUGAACGGAAAGGCUCUUUGCUUAUUGACAAAGGCCGACUUGGGAGAAAGAUGCCCAGGCGCGGGCGACGUGUUGCACAACGUGCUUUCGAUGCUUGCCAGGGACUUUAAUCAGCUUCAAAGGUGCCUUCCCAGUAGUCCCGUGACACCUACCAGACCCUCCGCGUAUCCUCUCAGCCCUCAUUCUCAUCCACCCACUCCCACCUGGACGGAGAACCCGUACACCGCGAACUUAGCCUCGUUAAUGUCCGCGAAUUCGGUGACAUUAUCACCUGCGCCGUCGGUGGACAGUCAAGCGGGUUCGCCAGGACACACGGAGGGCACUCAAAGUCAAGUGUACAAGAGCGACUCCGACGAGGAUAACCAACAAGCGGCUACCGGAAGCCCGCCAGCCACGCCGACCGCUUUAGCAGCGCAAAGGCUAAGCGAAGUUUGCGUUAAGGAUCAACCAAGUCCCACGUUAACACAGCCAAUGAUGCCUCUGACGCCCGGUGCCUUCAGGACGAAUCCUGCCAACGCGAGGGAAUUUUUCCCAAACGAUUCGCCCGAACCCAAUACAAAUGGUAGACUUUUGUGGGAUUUUCUUCAGCAACUUCUAAACGACCCUUCGCAACGAUACACACACUACAUCGCGUGGAAAAGUCGGGAAACGGGUGUGUUCAAAAUUGUCGACCCUCCCGGCCUAGCGAGGCUCUGGGGCAUCCAGAAGAAUCAUCUUUCCAUGAAUUACGACAAAAUGAGUAGAGCCCUUCGGUACUACUAUCGUGUCAAUAUCCUACGAAAGGUCCAAGGAGAACGGCACUGUUACCAGUUUCUGCGAAAUCCGACAGAACUGAAGAAUAUAAAGAACAUAUCUUUGCUGCGUCAGCAAAUGCGGAUAAAGUCGGAGCCGGAAGAAGAAGGAGGAAGUGGCGCCGAGCCGGAAAUCGAUAUGCCGACAGACCUCUCGAUGUCCAGCAUGAGUCAGCCAUCCAACGAGCAACAGCAACAACAGCAACCUCUACCUCUUCACGAUCCGCCUACGAAAUAUAGAAGUCACGCGUACAAUCUCGUAAAAACCAAUCAAGAGUCGGAGGAGAGGAAGUGACGCGAAACCUAGUGCCGAUUUGAUUGUGCGUUUUAAAUGCCGACAGUGUCGAUAGACCGUUUCACCGCAGCGCAUCCUCGUCGCUCGUUCGCGAACAGAAAUGCGAUUUCUAGAAAAUCUCUUCGAUGAUGAAAUCUGCUUAUGAAGCGUAUCGAGGAGAACAACCGCGAAAGAAACAUCUUUCUACUGUCUGCCAUCAGGAAAUGAUUUCCAAGGGAUAUUUAUUAUCAUUCCGAAAUGACAGAAUCUGUUGGUUUCUACAUCGCUGCCGAUCAAACGACUAGAUAGAUACGAAAUUAGCGAGGAAACAAAUCCACGGACACGAAAGAAAUGAAUUACAGACGUUUCCGGAACGAUAUAAAAAAAAGACUGAUGAAAAGUACAUUCUACAAAGGUACGGAUCAACCUGCACUAUAGCGCCGAGGAGAAAAAUUGAAACAGAAAUAUGUCUUCUACUGUGCCUCGUCGAUGACCAAUCGACUGGUUUCGACCCUUUGCGGACGAUCGACGCAUAUGUACGUUCUUCCGUUGAUCCUGUACGGAUAGGUGAACGCCUAUCAGCGUUCAGAGUGUAUACAGGGUAGUUUAUCAGAUAUUAACACCUAUGUUUACGUCCCUUGUCAUGCAUUGCGAAAAAUGUUUAAGAUAUAGUUGAAGUGGUUUCGAGGCACAUUCUGUUGUUAUUAGUAUAAUAUCCGCGCCUCCCAUACCCAACAAUAAGGAGUCAAACGAGAACACGAAACGUGUAGUCGCUGGAAGGGAUCUUGCGAGGUCGUAAACCGAAACAGUAGUUAUUGCUUUAUUGGCCCAGGUAACUUGACCCGUAGGACGACAGGGGUGUCGCGGCUCUAAAGUAUACAUGCCACGUUUUACACCCCCGGGCCCCAAGACUUGAUGUUUGCUACGCGGAUUUUUCCAAAUUGGAAAAACCGAAAACUUUAUAAAACGAAAUAGUCUUAUGGUAAUCGAUUCAUGCAUUACAGAAUUAUGUGUGAACAUACAUAAGAAGAAAAAAGUUAUUGAAAUAUGAACAUCCUAAUUCUGAU